AUGCCUCUUUGUACAGGUGGCUCAUUACAACAUUAUGUAUUUGACCAUCAUCUGACAGUAGGCCAACUGGUCUACAUCAUCACUUCGGCAAGUGAUUUUGGUGUCGUUUCUAUCUCACCUGCAGCAGACUCCAGUGUAGAAGAAGCAGGUGUCGUCUUGUUCUGGUCACCCGAACUCGUUCAACAAAAGAUAGUCAAUCACAAAGUAGACAUUUGGGCUUUAGGCAUUGUGAUUCUUGAAGUAUUAAAUGGCGGAAAAGCACCUUAUGAAGAUGAAAAACUAGAUGAAGAACAAAUCAAAGAACGCAUCUUAAGCAUAGGCAAACCUGAAUACCCACCUAAUUUACCACCAGGCCUUGUGGAUUUACUCGACUGUUGCCUUGAUCCUGAUCCACGCACUCGAUCUUCAGCCAGUAGCAUCUUACAACAUCCCUUCUUGAAAGAAUAUGAACCGGAACUCUUAUUUCCAGCCACUCGUAUGGAUCAAAAGAAGAGUGUAUCUCACCCAACCACAGAUGAAAAACCCACCUGUCCACCUGCCAAAUGUAGAUUGCCUGUUCCUUCCUUCUCUGUGGAUCGAAGUGUAUCAGCAGCUAUUCCAGUCAAGGAAAAGAUUGCCAACGUGAUUCGUAAACGACAAUCGAUGACCGAUGCCAAUCGUCAUCAGGGAUCGCGUAUUCCUAUGCUUUGUAUACAACCUGUGAUGGAAGAACCAGAGCUCAAGAUCACAGAAUCCCCUACGGGUCAACUCAAAUCACCUACACAUCAAUUCCGUUCUUCUCUAUCCACAGCAGAUAUCCAACAAAAAAGAGCUACACAACGGUCUCCAUUGGCUGAGCCCAAGACAAGAACCCAGCGAUCCCAUCUGGACCCUCCGUCUGUCAAACCCAAAAGGGAGUUGCCGCCUAAAUGCUCUGUCUAUCGAAAGCGAUUACCUGCAGGUGAAAGUCGUACAGCCAGACUCAUGAUGGGCGUAAGCACCAAUGGUCGUCGCCAGUCAUUUAGGCAGAGAGAAGAAGGCGAGACUGAGGUGACACCGACCUUGGGACAUCGGUUUGGUAAAUUGUUUCAUAAACCCAAAGAAGCUACCUUGAGACGACCCAUGUCCUCUUGUUCGACUAAGCCAGCGUCUAAACCUAUACCCGAAUCUAUCAAGAGCACAACGCAUCCUAGUAGACGUCCAUCUGUGCCAGUUGAAGAUACCAAUAAGAACAAGAGUAACAAAGACUCGAUAAAGAACAGUAUAAAAGCACUUCGUGUGCAUUAA